CUCUUCGCAACAACAAUGGCAGAGACUCUAGGACUUGCCGCAAGCGUUAUAGCAGUUAUCGAUUUGUCCGCAAAGGUUACCUCACGGUGCUCUGAGUACUACGGCAAUGUCAAGAAUGCCCGAGACGACAUCGAACGCCUUCAAAGGGAGGCUCAAGGAUUGAAAGCAACCCUUGAAAGGGUCCAGUCGCUGUGUGACGGCCCAAAUGGUGUGAAGCUCCAGGAAUCCCAGAGCUUGCGUGAGGGAGUCGAGGACUGUAGGAAGCAGCUCGCACAGCUAGAGACGAAGCUAGAGCCUCGAAGAAGGAAUAAAUUGAUGAGCCAUUAUGGAAUACGCGCCUUAAGCUGGCCUAUUAAGAGCAACGAUGUGGAUGGAGUCAUGAAGAAACUCGGAAAUUGCAAGUCCAACAUAUCUUUCAGUCUCCAAGUCGACCAAGAGGUACAAAUCCUUAGUCUCUAUCAAGGAACAGUUCUUAAUAGACUGCGAUCCGUCGAUAAUGCCGCAUUCGACUCCCACGACGAAGAACAUAAUGCCAGAUGCUACCAAGGCACUCGAGUAGAACUUCUUCGACAGAUAAAUACCUGGGCUAGUAAUCAAGGCAGCGAAUGUAUUUUCUGGCUGAAUGGAAUGGCGGGUACUGGCAAGUCUACAAUCUCCCGUACAGUGGCCCAAAACUUCGCCGAUAAGGGAGAUCUCGGCGCAAGUUUUUUCUUUAAGAGGGGCGAAGGCGACCGUGGCCAUGCAGGAUUGCUCAUUACAACAAUUGCUACUCAGCUUGUCCAAAAACUGCCUUCCUUAGCGCCAUACGUCCAAACUGCGAUCGAGGCCGACCCAGUUAUCUCGACAAAGGCCCUAAAGCAACAGUUUGAAACGCUCGUCUUGCAACCUUUAGGCAAGAUGCAAAGAGACUUGCAAGAGUCUUCGAGAAUAGUGGUUGUGAUUGAUGCCCUUGACGAGUGCGACCGAGAGGAGGAUGUCAGAAUCAUAAUUCGCCUCCUUUCACAAGUACAACGCAUAACAUCGGUACGACUCAAGUUCUUUUUAACAAGCAGGCCAGAGCUGUCUAUUCGCGUCGGCUUUGAGGAUAUAAGCGGUAAGUAUGAAGGACUAGCUCUUCAUCAAAUCCCUAGACAUAUUGUCAAGGAAGACAUCUCUGCAUUCCUAGAAUACGAGCUAGCAAUAAUCCGUGAUGAUUAUAAUAAAUCAGUCACAUCAAACCGGCAAUUACCCGCGGAUUGGCCAGGUCAAGCAAACGUUCAAAGCUUAGUUAGAAUGGCUAUCCCAUUAUUCAUUUUUGCUACAACAGUCUGCCGGUUUAUUAAUGACCGAAAAUGCGGCCAACCGAAGGAUCAGCUUGCUAAGGUCCUAAAAUAUGAGACUAGAAGCCAAUCAUCCAAACUUGAUAUAACGUAUCUCCCAGUCCUGGACCAAUUACUUAUCGGAGUUACUAGUUCGGAGAGAAGAGGUCUAGUAGAAGAAUUCCAGCAAGUCGUCGGCUCAAUCGUCAUUCUCGCUAGCCCUCUUUCUGCUACUUCCCUCGAUCGACUACUUGGAGUUCCUGAAGGUACAGUCGAUAGCAGAACAGAUCUCCUCCACUCGGUUCUAAGCAUCCCCUCUCGUUUUGAUUGCCCUAUACGGCUACUCCAUUUGUCAUUCCGGGACUUCCUCGUCGACCCUGAGAAGCGCGGGAUAAACCCCUUCUGGGUCGACGAGAAGGAUGUUCAUACAAAGCUGGCAACAAGAUGCCUCCAACGCUUGUCUAUUAGCAAGUAUAUCAAGAAAGAUAUCUGCGAUCUUCAGACACCAGAAAGGCCACGGGCAGAUAUUGAUAGACAAACGAUAGAUUCACACCUACCACCAGACAUCCAAUAUGCUUGCCAAUAUUGGGUAUAUCACUUGAAAGAGGGCGGAAGCAUUAUAUGCGACAACGAACAAGUCCACAAUUUUCUAAAGUAUCACUUCCUCCAUUGGCUUGAAUCAUUAAGCCUUAUUGGAAGGCUACGAGAAAGCAUUAGUAUGAUCGACAACCUGGUAGCUAUGGUAGAACAGCCAAAUAUAGAUCUGGAAUGGAAUACCGCUUUUGAGACACUCGAGGGCCACAGCGGUUCGGUCACAUCAGUCGCCUUCUCACACGAAUCGAAGUUACUAGCAUCGGCGUCAAGUGAUUGCACUAUUAAGGUCUGGGAUAUGGCUGUAGGCUCUCUCCAGCAAACACUUAAGGGCCACAGCGAUUGGGUUAGGUCAGUGGCCUUCUCACACGACUCGAAGCUGCUAGCGUCAGCGUCACAUGACAAUACUAUUAAGGUCUGGGAUACGGCUACAGGUCUGCUUCAGCAAACGCUCAAGGGCCAUAGUAAUUGGGUUAAUUCAGUCACCUUCUCGCACGACUCAAAGCUACUAGCGUCAGCGUCAGACGAUAAUACCAUUAAGAUCUGGGAUACAGCUAUAGGCUCUCUCCAGCAGACGCUCAAAGGCCAUAGUAGUUCGCUCAGGUCAAUUGCCUUUUCGCAUAACUCGAAGCUGCUAGCGUCAGCGUCACAUGAUAACACCGUCAAGGUCUGGAACACGGUUACAGGCUCUCUCCAGCAAACGCUCGAGGGCCAUAGCGAUUGGGUCAACUCAGUUGCCUUUUCGCACGACUCGAAGCUACUAGUAUCAGCGUCACAUGAUAACACUAUCAAGGUCUGGGACACGGCUACAGGCUUGCUCCAGCAAACGCUCAAGGGCCAUAGUAAUUGGGUUAACUCAGUUGCCUUCUCGCACGAUUCGAAGUUACUGGCAUCAGCAUCAGACGAUAACACCAUUAAGAUCUGGGACGCGGCUGCAGGCUCUCUCCGGCAGACGCUCGAGGGCCAUAGCAAUUGGGUUAGGUCAAUUACUUUCUCGUAUAACUCAAAGCUACUAGCAUCGGCAUCAGACGAUAAAACUAUCAAGAUUUGGGACGUGACUACAGGUUCGCUCCAGCAAACGCUUGGCUAUAGUAAUUGGGUUAGUUUAUCAUUUGAUAUUACGGACUCAAUCCUUAUUACAAACGUCGGAAGUUUUAAGGUAGAAAGAACUAAGCUUCCCACUUUGUCCGAAUCUUCUCAAGAGGCCACUGGUAAAAGCAACUGCCAAGGAUUGGGAAUUUGCGGGCCGUGGAUUACAUGGAACACCCAGAACUUGCUCUGGUUACCGCCUGACUACCGGGCUUUUAGUUCUGAUAUUUCGCUAUCGGGGUCGACAAUCGCUAUUGGCUGUCAAUCUGGAAAGGUGCUUAUUAUCGGAUUCUCAUCGGCCAUCUUAUCUACUCUUAGAUAG